AUGAAAUUCAAUUAUACUAGCAUACUAUUGUUUUCUUCAUUAAAUAUAUUGGUAUAUAAUCAAACAAAUUCACACAACAAUAACUUUAGACCUACCAUAACAUCUAUAAAAACACAUAGAUCAUUAUACGAAUGUGAGAAGUAUUUAUCUCCGAAUUAUGACGACCCAGAAAUGAAAGCUGUAAUGGAAAUUUUUGAUCGACAAACGUCACAACGAUUUCAAGAAUACGACAAAAGGAUUCAAGAUAAAGGUAAAAAAUGUAAAGAACAAUGUGAUAAAGAUAUUCAAAAAAAUUAUAUUAAAAGACAAAAAAAAGAAAAUAAAUUGGAACAACAUUCGUCAACAAUAGAUACAAAUAUACAGACUAAUGAUAUACCCAAUUGCAAUUGUGAAAAAUAAGUAGAAGAUGAAGUGAAAAAACGUUGUUUGGAAUAUGGAGGUAUAUUAGGUACAGCGGUUCCUGAAUUGUCACUUUUAGGAGGUAUUUCUACAUAUAUAUUGUCAAAGGCUGCUAUUGAUGCUGGUAUAAAAGCUGAUGUCGCUAAAAAUAAAGAUUUAUUUACUGAAUUUGGUAGGAAUACUGUUGAUUUGACAUCAAUUGUUAAUCCAUCAAGUUAUAAUUGUGGUACUGUUCUCCUUGAGGUUGCUGAUAAAACAAUUAUUAAAUCGUGUUUUGUAAUAUCUGGAAAAAUGUCUCCUUUGUGCAAUAUUAUAAAACAAAAUGGUACAUUUACAUUUAAUGAUUUCACACAAGCUUGUAAUGAAGCUUAUAAUACAAACUUCACAACAGAAACAAGAGAAAUUACCAGUUUUAAUAAUAUCAUGAUGGAUUCAGUUGUUGCAAUAGUAGUUAUCGUUUUGAUGGUAAUUAUUUAUUUAAUUUUACGUUAUCGCAGAAAAAUAAAAAAUGGAGAAAAAACUACAAUAUAUAAAAUUAUUAAAAGAAUAAAUAUAUACUGUUUAAUAUUCUUGAUAACCAUUUUGUUGUAUCCAUUUCAUUUAUUUUAA